AUGAGCCCGUCGGGGAGGACGAAACAUUCACUUGUUCCUCUUGCAACCCUCAUUGGUAGGGAGCUGAGGAGCGAGAAGGUAGACAAGCCUUUAGUCUUGUAUGGCCAAGCUGCUCUCGCCAAGAAAGGAACAUCUUCUGGACAAUGUGUUGAGUGGCUUCAAGCUCUUCCUAGGGCUCUUGUUGCUGGCUUUGUCAAAACCGACAUUGAGUUUCAGCACAAAGGGGAGACUUCUGGAACAACGGUGACAUUUGUUAUAAUUGAUGGGUGGAUUAUCACUGUGGGUUCUGUUGGCGACUCACGCUGCAUAUUAGACACCCAAGGUGGUGUGGUCUCUCUACUCACUGUCGAUCACAGGCUCGAAGAGAAUGUUGAAGACAGGGAACGCAUAACUGCCAGUGGAGGCGAGGUUGGAAGGCUCAAUGUUUUUGGUGGCAACGCGAGAAGUAUACUGUCUUCUGAUAUGGCUGCCAAAGCUUGUCGUGGUUUAUCUGCCGAGCUUGCUGCUAAACUUGUUGUUAAGGAAGCAUUGGGAACAAAAGGGUUGAAGGAUGAUACUACUUGUGUAGUUGUUGACAUAGUUCCAGCUGAUCAUCUUACCUUGGCUCCAACGCCUAGUAAGAAGCAGAACACAUUGACCGCAUUUCUUUCUAGGACAAAACAUUCGGAUACCAACAACAAGAACGGGAACAAGCUUUCUUAUGUUGGGGUUGUAGAAGAAUUGUUUGAAGAAGGUUCUGCUGUGCUUGCAGAUAGAUUGGGAAAGGAUCUUCUCUCGAAUACUGACACUGGACUAUUAAAAUGUGCUGUAUGCCAAAUAGAUCAAUCUCCAGCUGAAGGUCUAUCAAGCAACGAGGGUCCUAUCGUCUCUUCAGCAUCUAAGCGAUGGGAAGGUCCCUUCUUAUGCACAAUAUGCAAGAAAAAGAAAGACGCCAUGGAAGGAAAAAGACCAAGCAAAGUUUCAGUGACCACUUGAAACCACUUUUGUUUCUCGUUUUCUUUAGUUUUCUCCUUUGUAAAGAAACCAUUGUUCCAAAAAGGCAAGGAUUGCAAUAGAAGGAAAAUUGCAGGAUACAAAGAAAUCGAAAAGUCAACAUCGUCAAAAUUAAAUAAAGUUCUUUUUGUACUUCUUUACACGUAUUACUAAAACGUAUUAAAUUUUAGUUAUAUAUAUACUUACCUUAAUGUGUUCACGCUUAUUAAGAAUUCAUUAUAAUUUUUUUUUACUUUAUUAUACAUUUUUCAAUAAUUUUUAAAUUUAAUAAAUUCAAAUAUUUUCAUUUAAUGUUUCUUAAAAUUAUAAAAAAAUAUCUUAAACAUAUAGAAUAUCUAUCUAAUAGAAAAGCCACACACGUUAUUUUCCCGGGUC